AUGGAUAGUACAUUUGAAACCCUUAUUUCAAACCAUAAAGUUGUGGUCUUCAGUAAAGCAUGGUGUCCUUACUGUAGAAGAGUUUUAUCAGCUCUAACAAAUGCUGAAAUCGAUCAUGAAGUAAUUGAUUUGGAUUAUCACCCAGAAGCAUCUCAGAUUGCAUCAGAUUUGAGAGUAGCAGCCGGCAGAACAAGUGUCCCACAAGUCUUUAUAGGAGGAGAAUUGGUUGGAGGAUGUGAUGACACCCUCGCAGCAAUGUCAGACGGGUCAUUAAAAACUUUACUCGACGCAGCAUCCUAAAGCCCCCACAGAACUUCUCCCACUCUUAUAUCCAAACAUCUUAUU